CGCUCCGCCAUUGGCCGCUUCAGGACGCGCCCAGCGGCGGCUUCUGAUUGGCUGUCGCCGCGGCAACGGCCGGCGGGGGGCGUGGCCGGGGCGGCCCCUCCCGCCAUCGCGGGUUUGUUUGCGGCCGCCCGGCGGCGGCGGCCGGAGCCGAGCGGACCCGGACGGACCCGAACCGAGCCGGAAAGAGCCGAGCGCAGCCGGGAAGAGCCGAGCGCAGCCGGGAAGAGCCGAGAGCGGCCGGCCGGGCAUGAGGAACGGCGGGACGCGGAGCCCCCCGCGCCCCCCGCCCGGGGCCGGUGCCCCCGGGGCUGCCCGGCAGAGCCCGCCGGUCCGUGGGCCCCGGUGACGCCGCGGGAGCCGCCGCAGGGGGGGCCUGGGCUAUGCGGUGGUGGCUGCGCGCCGCCGUCCUCAGCCUGCUCGCCGGAGCCGGGGGCAGCGGCCGGAGCGAGCCCCGGGCCGUGGUGGGGCGCGUCGGGGGCAGCGCGGUGCUGGGCUGCGGGCUCCUGGCGGCACACGAGGCGCGCCCGCCGCUCUACGUGAUCGAGUGGGUCCGCUUCGGCUUCGUCCUCCCCAUCUUCAUCAAGUUCGGGCUCUACUCGCCCCGCGUGGACCCCGAGUACGCGGGUCGUGUGCGGCUGGAGGAAGGUGCCUCACUGCGCCUGGACCUGCUGCGUGCCGAGGACCAGGGCUGGUACGAGUGCCGGGUGCUCUUCCUCGACCGGCACAGCACCGACGCCGACUUCCAGAACGGCACCUGGAUCCACCUCACCGUCAACGCACCCCCCACCUUCCUGGAGACCCCCCCUGCGUUCGUAGAGGUGCGGGACCAGGCUGCACUGAGCCUCACCUGCAGGGCUGUCGGCAACCCCCAGCCUGUUGUCACCUGGAAGAAGAGUGACCUGCCUGUCCAGAGCGGGGACACGGUGCAGGUGAGGAACGGGACGCUGAGCAUCGCCGCCGUGGAACGCGCCAGCGCCGGCACCUACACGUGCCACGCGUCCAGCAAGGAGGGCACUGUCACCCACACCACCCGUGUGCUCGUGCAGGGGCCGCCCAUUAUUGUGGUGCCACCCCAGAACGUCACUGUCAACAUCUCCCAAGAUGCCUUUCUGGCGUGCCAGGCUGAGGCAUACCCAGGGAACCUCACCUACACCUGGUUCCAGGGCAGCAGCAACGUCUUCCACCUCAGCCACCUCCAGGCUCGAGUCCGUGUCCUGGUGGACGGGAGCCUCCUGCUGCAGCGAACGACCCCGGAUGACGCUGGCAAAUACACCUGCACCCCCAGCAACGGGCUCUGGAAGCCUCCUUCUGCCUCAGCCUUCGUCACAGUGCUCUACCCAGCACAGGUGACCACCAUGCUCCCGGAGACCCACCUGCCCAAGGGCAUGAGGGGCGUGAUCCGCUGCCCCUCCAGGGCCAACCCCCCCCUGCUCUCCGUCACCUGGACGAGGGACGGGCGCCCGCUGGAGCUGGACAAGCUCCCUGGCUGGUCCGUGCGGCCCGACGGCUCCAUCGUCAUCGCCACGGGGAACGACGACGCGCUGGGGCUGUACCGCUGCACACCCUACAACAGCUACGGCACCGCCGGCGAGUCCCGGCCCACGCGCGUCCUGCUGAAGGACCCUCCCGCCUUCACGGUGCGGCCCAAGGAGGAAUAUUUCCAGGAGGUGGGCCGGGAGCUGGUGAUCCCCUGCACGGCUCACGGGGAUCCCCCACCCAGCAUCACCUGGGUGAAGGUGGGCAGCGUGGGGAAGAGCAGUGCCCAGGUGGACAGGAACAGCAGCCUCAUCCUCCACCCCCUCAGCAAGGAGCAGCACGGAGUCUGGGAAUGCACGGCCACCAACCAGGUGGCCAGUGUCACCGCUGCCACCUCUGUCCACGUACUGGGUACCAGUCCCCACGCCGUCACCAACGUCUCCGUGCUCCCACUGCUGCUGGCAGCCAACAUCUCCUGGGAGCCAGGCUUCGAUGGAGGCUACUUCCAGAGGUUCAGCGUCUGGUACACCCCGCUGGCGAGGUACCCGCCGCGGGCUCACCACGACUGGGUGUCGCUGUCGGUGCCGGCGGGGGCUCAGCACCUUCUGGUGGAGAACCUGCAGCCAGACACCAGUUACCAGUUCAGCGUCCUGGCCCAGAACAAACUGGGCAGUGGCCCCUUCAGCCAGAUCGUCACCUCCGUGCCCAGGGGCUUCCCAGUGACCACAGUGCCUCCGGAGCCGCCGGCCAUGACCGUGCACGUCUUCCUGUCCCCACCCCGGGCUCUGACGGCCAACGAGACCAUGAGGGGGGUUCUGCUGCGCUGGGACCCCCCUGCCCGCACCUCGGUGGCCCUGAGCGGGUACGCGCUGGAGCUGCGGCAGGACAAGGGCGGCUGGGAGGUGCUGGAGCGCUCCAUCCCCGGCACUGACACCCAGGUGCUGGUGCCAGGGCUCAUCAAGGACGCCUUCUAUGAGUUCCGACUGGUGGCCUUUGCUGGCAGCUACAUCAGCGACCCCAGCAACACAGUGAACGUCUCCACGGCAGGGAUGGAGGUGUACCCGUCCCGCACGCAGCUGCCGGAGCUGCUGCCACAGCCGGUGCUGGCGGGGGUCAUCGGGGGGAUCUGCUUCCUCAGCGUGGCCGUCAUCUUCAGCACCAUGGCCGCCUGCAUCAUGAACCGGCGCCGCGCCGCGCGCGUCCGCAAGCGCCGCCAAGAUCCACCACUCGUCUUCUCCCCCAGCAAGAAGCUUCCACCUCCACACAAUGCUCGUGGCCCUGGUAGCCCCGACAGCACGGUGAAGCUGAAGCUGCAGCCGUCACCGUGCCGGAGCCUGCACCGGACGCUGCUGUGGGGUGAGAAAGCCGGCACCAGCCUGGGGCUGAGCAUCGCCGGCUCCCGCUACCCCGCCUACGAGAGCCGGGAGCACGUCCCGCUGGAGCGCAUCUGCCGCGGCCCCGACGGGCGCUUCGUGGUGGAGACCGACCCGCGGCCGGAGCCGGACCCUCCGCGGGCCCCCCUGGAGCCCUACCACCAGCUGCCCGCCGAGGAGGAUGAGGAUGAGGAAGAGGAGGAAGAGCCCGUGUGGCACAGGGGGGUCUCGCUGCGCCCCCAGCCCGCGGGGCAGCCCCGCCGGGGCGCCCGGGCCUCCAGCCACCGCCACGGCCGCUACUUCGGCUACGGCAGCAGCAGCCCCGUGGACGAGGCCGUGGCGUUGAGCAUCACCGAUGUCAGCCCCGUGGCCUCCGCCGCCGCCACCCUGCCUUACAGCGCCGCCCAGGAGCCCCCCGGGCCCCGCCACGGCCCCCCCUGGGACUCGCCGCCCCGCCAGGGCUCCCCCCCGCCGGUUACCGCCCCCCCGGUGUCCCCUGGCCCCCCGGCCAUCAGCGGCAUCCUCCAGUACCUCAGCCUGCCCUUCUUCAAGGAGAUGUGUGUGGACGGCGACUGGCCCCCCCCGGAGGAGCCGGCGGAGCCCCCCGGUGCCGGCGCCCGGCCGGAGCCCCCCGCCAGCCCCCCGAGCACGGGGCGGACGCUGUGCCCGGACUGCAUUGACACAAGUGCCAACGCCACCUCCCCCGCCGCCACCGCCGCGUUCCUUGAGCCCCCCCGGCUGCCCGUGGGCCCCGCCAAGGCCUCGCUGCCCGGCUCCCCCUCCCGGCCCCGCUCCCCCAGCCCCGGGGCUCCCCCGCAGCCGGUGCCCCAUCUCCGGACUGAGCUCCCGGGGCGGCCGCCGGACGCUGCGCCCCCGGAGAAGCUCCCGCGGGGCAGCCUGACCAGCCAGAGCAGCGGCCGGGGCAGCGGCUCCUUCCUGCGGCCCCCCUCGCUGGCACCGUCCUUGGGGGGCACCUUCCUGGGCACCCCCUUCGGGGACGGGGGCAGCUGGCACAGUGGGGGCUCGGCAGCAGAGGAGGGACGGGGCAGGACGGAUGCUGGCGCCGGGAAGAGGAGAAACACCUCGGUGGACGAGAACUACGAGUGGGACGCGGAGUUUGCGCUGGAGUCGGAGCUCCUGGAGGCGCUGCAGCUUUACCGGGGCGCGGUCCCGGCCCGGCCCGGCUCCUCCAUCGCCCUGCGGGACCUGCAGCGGCACAAGCCCGGCUCGGCCCCGGUGAGCUCGGUGUCGGCGGAGGCGCUGGGGACAGGGGGUCCCCCGGAGCGCGGCCAGACCCCCCGCCCCGAGGGGCCGGGGGCGCGGCGCCGCAGGGAGGGGGCCCAGCAGCGGCGGCAGCGGGUGGGUGCCCGCGGGUGCUGCUCCGAGCGCUUGGAGCUGGCCACGCUGCUCUAGGAACCCCCGGGACCCCCUGGGAUCCCGCGGGUCAGGGGUGAAAGGAUGGGCGGGGGGGAAUAAAGAGGCGUGAGAGCAGCUCUGGCUCCUGUUGGGGUCGCCCAGCAUCCC